AUGCAUUCCGUGAAAGAUUCCACCCCUCUUCCAGAAGAGCCCGACGAUGAUGCGCCACUUGAGCUAGGCGGGCUGUACUCAUCGCGAGAUAAGUGUUUCGAGGCUUUACAGGAAUACGCUAUGACGCAUCACUUCGGUUAUCAUGUGCACAUGACGAAGAAGAAGUAUGUAUUGGUCGGGUGUAAGGCGGUGGCUGAUAAAUUGCCGAAUGUGGCAUGUUUCUGGCACUGCGCAUAUCACGAGGAGACUGACACUGGUUAUUGGCGGAUUACGACCCUCGUCCUGCCGGAGACCCAUAACUGCCCGGCACAAGACCGGUACGAGUACGCAGUUUCCAUCGCUAACAAGUUACCUGUCUUACUACGAGCCUACGGCAACAUGGUCCGCGCCGAUCCGUUCGUGGCACCCAUUGAGCUGAUGAAGCUCAUGGAGGGUCAAGGGGGGGUCGAAAUCCAUUACUGGCAGGCAUGGCGUCUGAGAGAACACAUCAUCAAGGAAUUCUACGGCGAUUGGAAGGAGUCCUUCCGGCAGAUCCCAUUGCUUGUCGACCGUUUCCAAGUCAUUGACCCGGAGGUGAAGGUGCAUCUCGAUACGCUUGGUGGACUCUUUCACCGUUUUUUUAUCCGCCCUUCUGCCGCCCGGCACGCCCUCACAUUCUGCCGUCCAGUGAUAGCGUUCGACGGUACCCACCUCAUCAGCGCGCAGAAGGCAGUGCUCCUGGUCGCCGUUACUCUUGAUGGGAACCAAAAAGUCCUCCUGCUGGCGUGGGGCUUGGUGGAGUCGGAGAACAAGGAAUCCUGGACAUGGUUUUUGAAGCACUUCAUCGAUGGGUGCCCUGAGUGGACGCAGCGGAAGCACGCCUCCAUCAUCAGCGACAGAGAUAAGGGUCUGGUUCCAGCAGCGCGCGAGGUGAUGCCCAGUCACAUCCCUCACUACUUCUGCGCAUGGCAUCUCGAGCAGAAUCUGAGGCGAUUCAAAGCAAAGGCGCAGAAGUACUUCUGGAGGCUGGAGCGGUCAACGUAUGAGGGCGCGCGAGCAUACGUUUUUGCAGCAGGCCGUCAGGGACGACGAGAGGCCCGAAACGCCCGCCACGGUGGCGCGGGGGGUGGGACCAGGGGCCACAACCAGCCUCAAGGUGGCAUGGGCGUCCCCGGUGUCGGCACCGCCCGGUUCAACCGGGCUGGUGGCGGUAUGGCGGGGAGGGGUGGCAUCAACGCUCCCAAUGCACAGGUCUUUGGGCGAACCUUUCGAGGAGCGGCCGGCAGCAGGGGAGUUCAAGGUGCCUCGGAGAGUGAUUCGUCAGGGGAUGAUGCUCCCGGUUUAACUGGUGGGGAAGUACGUGGACGGGCCACGCCUGGCACAGGAGCUUUCCAGUUCGGGGGGGCAGGUUUGGGUGUCGGAAGUGGGACAGGUUGCGAGAUGUUUGGGCCAAGUGGCAGCAGGGGCUUUGGCUAUGGCCGGGGUGGCGGGGGAUCAGGGUCUGCUGCACCGCGACCACGAUUCGGUAUGGAGAGUGGUCAGGGUGUCGGACGGAGUGGCAGCGUGCCUGGUGGAGAUUUUGAUCGCGCGUCUGCAGGAGGUGGGAUGCCAGAUUCAGGCGGACAUGGCGACGGGGAGAACUACCUAGGAGGCACCUGGGAUGACGGCCAGGGGGCCGGCGGAGUUGGGUUGGGAACGCAAGAGAGUACGGCUGGGGUGGGAGGGUUGGGUAUGGGAAUGGGAGCUAGGGUCGGUGUCGGGGAGUUCGGCAUGGGAUCAGGAGGCGCCGGUGGGUUGGGGAUUGGAACAGGCCGAGACGUGUGGGCGUGGGACAGGAUUGACCAGGAGGGAGGGGUGGGCUCGUGGGUGGGGUCCGCGGAAGGCAUGGGGGGCUUGGGCUUAGGCAUGGGAUCUGGAGGAGGAGUGGGAGGGGUGGGCGUGGGUGCGGGGACUGCACGAGGUAUGGGGGGCUUUGGCCUGGGGUUAGGGUCAGGGGCAGGAGUGGGAGGGGUGGGCGUGGGUGCAGGGAGUGCCGCCAGGUUUGCAGGUGUUGGCCGUGGGGUGGGAUCUGGAGGAGGAGUGGGAGGGGUGGGCGUGGGUGGGGGACCUGCACAAGGUAUGGGGGGCUAUGGCCUGGGGUUAGGAUCAGGGGCAGGAGUGGGAGGGGUGGGCGUGGGUGCAGGGAUUGCCACCAGGUUUGCAGGUGUUGGCCGUGGGGUGGGGUCUGGCGGAGGAGUGGGAGGGCUGGGCAUGGGUGCGGGGACUGCACGAGGUAUGGGGGGCUAUGGCCUGGGGUUAGGGUCAGGGGCAGGAGUGGGAGGGGUGGGCGUGGGUGCAGGGAGUGCCGCCAGGUUUGCAGGUGUUGGCCGUGGGGUGGGAUCUGGAGGAGGAGUGGGAGGGGUGGGCGUGGGUGGGGGACCUGCACAAGGUAUGGGGGGCUUUGGCCUGGGGUUAGGAUCAGGGGCAGGAGUGGGAGGGGUGGGCGUGGGUGCAGGGAGUGCCGCCAGGUUUGCAGGUGUUGGCCGUGGGGUGGGAUCUGGCGGAGGAGUGGGAGGGCUGGGCAUGGGUGCGGGGACAACACAAGGUGUGGGGGGCUUUGGCCUGGGGUUAGGAUCAGGGCCAGGAGUAGGAGGGGUGGGCGUGCGGGUGGGGACUGCUGAAGGCGACGGGACUAGUCUUGUAACGGGCGGUGAGGGAGUUGGCAUGGGGCCAGGCUCUGGCUUGGGUGGUGAGUGGUUGGGAGUGGGAGCAAGAGCAGGGAGGGGUCAUGGUGGCGCGGGAAUGGGUGCUGGAGCCGGGAUGGGAGGGGUGGGGUUGGGGAUGAGCACGGGAGCAGGGUUUGGAGGUGUCGGCAUGGGCCCGGGGUUCACCAGUGGCACAGGGAGUGUCUUUCGUUAUGGCAGCGUGGGCAUGGGCCAUGGAAGCGGGCAAGGUACACAAGACGGGGGUGCCGGAUUCGGUGGUGGUGGUGGAUCACCGACGGGGGGUGUGGCACCGUCCGGAGGAAUUCCCGUCGCACCAGGAGCCACAAGAGCGGGUGGACCGUUCAACCUGGGUGCAAUUAGGGGGAGAGCACAGGAGGGGUACAGCGCUGCAGCAAUCAUCAACGAAGUAGCUGCCCAACCGGGUGACACCGAUCAGAACAGCUGGCGACAUUCGGCGUUGGAUGUCGACGAUAACUUGCACGCUGGCCUCACAGAGAUCCUGGCGCUGCCAUGGCCGGAUACGGGACCGCAUGGCGACGCCCUUCAUGCUGGCGAGGAAGAACCCGGUUACGAGGAUGACGAGGAUGUGCCCGGGGAAGGUGUGCCAGGAGCGGGUGACGUUGAGGACGAGGAGGAGGGGGGCAUUCAUGUGCAAACCGGGUUUCAUCGCAACAGGCAAGGAUCACGGUACAGAAUCGGCGGGAUCCAACUAGUGCACUGGGCCAGGUUUGCCGCAACCCGCAGGUACGGGAUUUACACCAGCAACGUCGCGGAGACCCUGAACGGAGCAAUAAAAAAGAUCCGGAUGCUGCCCCCAACCUGGCUGCUGGCGUCAUUGUGGGACUGGUUUCGGGAUAAGUGGUAUGAGCACCGCGCCGAAGCUUGGCGGAGAGACGAUCAUUUGACUGCAGCAGCAGCAGAGCGAAUGACCAUCAAGCUCAGACGUUCUAGAGAUUACUUUUUCCUCGGAGGAGAUGAUAACAUCGGGACGAUCCAGACUCGUGGGGGGGAGCACGACGAGGAGUUGAGGAGCUACAACGUCAACUUGGUCACUCGAUCAUGUGAGUGUGGGAACUGGCAGGAGUACAAGUUUCCUUGUGCACAUGCAGUGACUAUGUGUGUCCGGAAGAGGAGGUGCCCAGAGAUCCUAGUAUCGCACUACUACACCACAAGCAACCAGCGUAAGAUGUACGCCCCGGACGUACAUGGAACGUGCGUGGACAGGCUGGUUCGUGAGGCCCCUCCUGCACCAGCAGGUGUGUGUGACGCCCCACACUUGAUUGAGACAAGGGUCGGCCGCCCGGAGAACAACGAGCGCAUGGAGGCUAGAGGCAUGAGUUACAAGUGCGGGAGAUGCGAGCAAUACGGUCACAACAGGAGCACCUGCAAGUGGAAGUUUGGGGGCUAUGGCGUUGGGCAAGGGUUUGGGAUAGGUGCUGGGGGUGGUGCUGGGCGAGGUGCAGGGCGUGGUGCAUGGCACGGAGUUGGUGUAGGUGCAGGGCAUGGCGCAGGACCUGACGCGGGGCAUGGGGCUGCAGCUGACACAGGGCCAGGAGCUGGGAUUCCACCUGGCAGCGGAGUUGGGACACCUGCCGAGGCUUGGAAAGGGCUUGGUGCUGGGAGAGGUGGGGGGCGGGGAGCAGGGAGAGGUGCUGGGCGAGGCGGUAGGCGAGGUGGUAGGCGGAGUGCUGGGGGAGGUGCUAGGAGAGGUGCUGGGAGAGGUGUGGGGCAUGGUGCUGCUGUGAGUGGAGCUGGGAGUGGUACUCCCGAGAGUGGUGCCGGGCGUGGUGCUGCAGCGAGUGGCCCUGCUGGGCAUGGUGCCGGGAGUGGCCCUGCUGGGCAUGGCGACGGGAGUGGCCCUGCUGGGCAUGGCGACGGGAGUGGCCCUGCUGGGCAUGGCGACGGGAGUGGCCAUGCUGGCCAUGGUGCCGGGAGUGGCCCUGCUGGGCAGGGCGCGGUGAAUGGUGCUGCAGGGCAAUCUGCCUGCGAGUAG